AAGAAAGACCCAGAGUACAGCCUGAACAGAAGAAACGGAAACUCAACAACAAAAUGUUCUUCUUUCCUCUGAUUGUUGGGAUUUGGAAUCUUCAAAAAGUCCACACCCUGCAAUGUCUUGAGUGUACACCAGACACUUUUGGAUCCUGUACUGAGACAACAAAAGAGUGUCCUUCUCAGUAUCAUCAGUGUGCUUCAGCAAGGCUGGUCAUGUUUCUGGAAGGUACAAAGUUUCCUGGCAUCGAUGCUAAAAGUUGUGCUCUGGCUGAAGUGUGUGUUGAUGGCUCAUUCAACUUUGGUGCCACCAAAGGUGUGUACAAGACCAAAUGCUGCAGCGGAGAGCUCUGCAACAACUACACUGUCUCAGACUCUGACUCCACUCCAAAUGGUAAAAAGUGUUUCAGCUGUGUAGGACAAGACUGCAACAGAACCCUGAACUGUGAAGGGAAUGAGGACCACUGCAUCAAAGCAACAAUGAAUGUGGGAGGAAAUAGUCAGACCAUGAAGGGCUGCGCCUCUGAGCUGGUAUGCUCAGAUAAACUAUCUACUGUGCUGAAUCAGUUCAAAGGACUAGAACUGAACUCUGGAAUAGAAUGUUGCCAGGGUGACUACUGUAACAGUGCCAUCAAGACAAGUGCUAGUCUGCCGCUGCUGCUGGUGCCGCUCAGUUAUGUGGUUUGGUUUUAUUAACAGAUGGAAACAGCAGCAUCACUGCAAAGUAAGUCAUACUAUCUCAGCAGUUUCAUUCAGCAAAGGUCAAACCAUUUUGUAUUCAGGRCAUUUCUAAACCAAAACAUUUUUAAUUAUGACCACUAGAAAAUGUGUUGAUGUUAUUGCUGAAACGUGAAWUAAAACAGUUUCAAAACAAA